UUUUUUUUUUUUUUAAAUACAAUACCUCUCAUCCAGAAUUUCGAAAUCUUGUGAUGUGAUCUCGACACCAUCUUGGAAGUCGGCGAGGACGAAGAAGAGGACUUAGAGGAGGAUGGUCCCGGUUAAUCAAUGUCUCCUGGACCCGAAAGUUUCCUCUAGAUCAAGCUCUCUUACAGUUGGAGAGCAAAUCUGCGCCGUCUUCAUACCUUUCUUUGCCGUUGUUGAUUUCCUCUUCUCCACCAUGGGACAAUGCUUCGAUUGCCACCGCCGCCGCCGCCGGCGGUUGCCUCAGACAUGUCAGCACGCGGAUCUGGCUCGUCUAGCUCGUGAAUCUCGAUUUUCAAUCAACGAAGUUGAAGCUUUGUAUGAGCUAUUCAAGAAACUGAGCUGUUCCAUUAUUGAUGACGGCUUGAUUCACAAGGAAGAGCUUAGACUGGCCCUGUUCCAAGCUCCAUAUGGCGAGAACCUCUUUCUUGAUAGGGUUUUUGAUUUGUUCGAUGAAAAGAGGAAUGGUGUUAUUGAGUUUGAGGAAUUCAUCCAUGCAUUGAGUGUCUUUCAUCCCUAUGCACCGAUUGAGGAGAAGAUCGACUUUGCAUUUAGGCUCUAUGAUCUAAGACAAACCGGAUUUAUUGAGCGAGAAGAGGUGCAACAAAUGGUGGUUGCUAUUUUGAUGGAAUCUGAUAUGAUGCUGUCCGAUGAACUUCUGACAAUGAUUAUUGAUAAAACAUUUGCUGAUGCAGAUGCGGAUAAAGAUGGUAAAAUUAGCAAGGGAGAAUGGAAGGUGUAUGUGCUUAAGCAUCCCGCCUUAUUGAAGAAUAUGACUCUUCCUUACCUAAAAGAUGUGACGACAGCAUUUCCAAGUUUUAUAUUCAACACAGAGGUUGAAGACUGAGGCAGAACCGUGUGUGACCUUCUUCUGCUUGGUUAACGUACUAAAGCCGUUAUUUAUUUUAAAUGUUUUUAAACUCAAAUUAGUUGGUGAUUAUUAGAUGUAAGUAAAAAAUGUGAGGUUUUGCCAUCAUUUGAUGCACCCAUUUGUAGACUGUUACAUUGAAAAUGUAAUGAAGCAUUCUUUUU